AUGUAGGAAAACAGAUGUCAGUGGGGGUUCCGGAAAUAAAAUUGUUUUCCCAUAAGAUGAGGCUUUUUGGAAAUGCAUGUGAUCUUUAACGUAUAGUCUAAUAUAUAGCAAGCCUAGCUUUUUGGAAAGCCAGCUAAGUGGCUGCUGGGGCGUUUAUUUCAACCGCUUUCGCUUCUGCUUUUGAACUGUAGUUAGCUAGCCAGCUACAUGACCACAUGAAUCAUAGUCCAUUUUCCACGUUUGCCUGUCACGGACUUUCCCUUCUUCUAAGGUACUGGAUCUGCCGAUAGCGAAGACGAAAAAGAAAGCCUGUCGACGACGGGAGAGAGCAACACAGAAUGGGGGUAUUGUGCUGUUAAAUUAUGACACACAUUCUCAGAGCAAUUUACUUCACGCAACUGUGUUGUCAUGCUUUGGGAACUCUUCCUGCACCUGUCAAUGUCACCAUUGAGUCUCUGAACUUCAACCACAACCUGCGAUGGGACCCAGGGCCAGGAACACCUGAGGGGACUACCUACAGGGUCAUCUACAGCCCUUGUAUGAAGAAUGAAACAGAGAUAAACGUCCUAGACCCCUCAGUAGACGAAGUGAAACAGACACUUUGGAAUUGUACCAAGCAUGUCGAACACAUGUACACUAUCUCCGUGAAGGCUGUGAACGGUGGUGUGGAAUCCCCCUGGAGCAACUACACCUUCACCCCCUUUACAGACACUUUCCUGGGUCCCCCUGAAGUGUCUGUGACGGGUUGUGGAGGUUGCCUUAAUCUCACCAUCACACUUCCCAGAGGAAAUGCAAGAAGGUCCAUAAAGAGAAUAUUCAAGGUUUUCAACUUCCGCAUUUUUUGGAAGAGAGCUGGAAAUACAAAGGUCUGGCAUACCAUCACAUCAAAAAGCAGUUACGUGCUGCAGCACCUUCCAGCGGGGGUGGAGUACUGUGUACGUGUGCUGCCCCAGCUGAAUGUCAAUAAGCACACGCUGUCCUCUGAUUGGACCUGUGCUUUCACCAUCCCCGAGAAGAAGAGCCGAAGUGAGACUUCAGCUCUUCUCAUCCUUGCGUGUUUGUCAGCGCCUCUGAUCAUGGGAGGGAUAGUUCUGAUGGGCCUUUUCUACACUGGUUUCCUGUGUAAACCGAAGACCCAUCUACCCACAGUCCUGACAUCCCUGGUGGGGACUCACUACUUGCUUGCGGACAGGAACAGCCCCCUCCUCAUCUCUGUCAUCUCAGAGGUAGGGGGCAGAGGGAGAGGCAAAAGCGAGAGACCACAGCCAGUGAGAGACAGUUCAGAUGAGGAGGAGGAGGAGGAUGAGGAAGAGGAGGAGGAGGGGGGAAAUAAUGGCUAUGACAGCCACCCGGCAGGACUCUCCAGAGGGACGAGAUCCAGCAGCACGUCCCACGAUGCAUCGGACUCCACCGUGUCCUUCAGCACGGCUUCCACCGUGGACAGUUCUGGAAUUUCGAACAGGAUGGCACCUCAGGAGCCCCCCUCUCUGGGAGAUCAGGUUCAGGGAGAGAGGGAGGAGCUCGGGGCUCAGGAGCAGGGAGGGGAAGGAGACCUGGAGCACUCUGAGGAUGUCAACCUGCUGUCUGUGAUUCUGGGAACACUGCAUAAGGAUGAGGAUGAGGAAGAGGGGGGAGCGGAAGAUGAAGGGGACGUGGCGGAGAGCACAGGAGAGCUGCAGAGAAAGGACGGCUCCGAUGAGUGCCUGCUGCUUCUGUCCCCUGGAGGCGGAGAGGGGCCUUUGGUGGGGCAGAGUGACAGCCCAGGGCUGGGCCAUACAGCCAGCCCACUCCUUACACAUUCAGACUGCAGACAGACUCCCUCUCACUACUUACAAACACGCCCUGGCUCUGCCCAGAUGCACACAGACUCCACACUUGAGGAGGAAGACGAGGAGGAGGAAGAUCAGGAUUAUUCAGGCUACAUGAGACGCUAGCCCGACCACAACACUCUUGACUUUCUCGUCCAGCUCUCUUUGCGUGCAUGGGCGUGUGUGUGUGUGUGUGUAUGUGUGAAAGAGAGAGAGAGAUGCAGGAUGUGUGUGGGUGGAUCAUGCCUGCACUUGCACACUGAGUUACAUUGUGUAUUAAUUUAUUCAGGUGCGGGCAGCACAAUAAAUUCAGCUCUGAUGAACUGAACAAAGCAUAAUGUGAUCUCUUUGAAGACAUUCUACUGAAACACUAGUGUAAUGUCAGUGGAUUAUUUUCAGCUGUGCCAGGUUUAUGACUGCCCCUCUGUAGAUGCAGGUGAUAGCUGCA